UGAGCACAGUUUUGAGCGAUCUUCCUCCCACCAAGUUCACCGACUUGGGAAUUCACGUUCUGAAGGCGUUCAUCAGUUCAGAUCUGAACUCUCUCUGUCAGGCUGGCCUUUUCUUUCGCGAAUCCACUUCCUGGCUGAGCUUCUUAGUAUAGUGGGUCGUCGACAUGCCUCCUCGUCGAGAUGUGGCUGUCGCGGCGGCAGGUGCAGCGGCUGUUGCCGCUGGAGGCGCAGCAGGCGGACAGCCGCAACAGCAACAGCAGCAGCAGCAGAAUCCGAUCAUGUCCAUGAUUCGCAUGGCCAUGUUCUGGUACAUGAUCAGCAAUUUCUUCUUCAAGAAACCACCCAAGGAUCCAGCCAUGCUUUCUCGGAACCUCUUCCGAAAGGGCGAGGACCUGGACAUGUGGGUCUACUUAACAGAGGCUGAGAAAUUUAGCAAUUUCCAAGACGAGUCGGCACUCGUAUGGACGGAGUCCGGGAUUCCUUACACGAUGUACGAUGGUCCUGCUGCACGAAGGACCCUUGAUUUUACCUACUAUCCUUCUAAGGCCGUCACAGAGGGCAAUGGAACUGUCUUUGCACAUGUUUUCUUCGCCAAGUCUGGAUUUUCUCCAGACCCAACGGACCAGUUAUACGAUCAAUCUUCAACCUUUUCCAAGACCCACCCUCUAGUCGCGUAUUAUCCUCGGCCCAAGGUGGACACGCGGAAGCGGCUGCUGGGAGGGGGCUCAGAUGCAAACGAUACUGCUGGCGAGCCGCCGCCGCCAUCUCCCAAGGCAGAAGCAGGGAGUGAGAAAGGUGAUGCACCAGCAAUACCAGAAGAGGUGGAGUGGAUUGGCUUUUGGAAGCCAAAUCUCACAAUUUCACUAAUCGACGACUUCACUGCGUAUCCUCGAACAGCAAUUCCCGAGAUUUUCCACAAACACAUGACGUUUGACCCCCAGACGGGCAAUUACUUCCCCACGCUCUACAUGAACGAGUUCUGGCUGCUGCGGGACAAGCUCACCCAGCUGAACGGCACUGUAUCGGAGGUGCCUCUAUCGAUGGUGGUGGAGACGCUGCCGGCGUGGCGGUGGCAUAUCUACCUGUCCAUGGACCAGUCGUUCAAGCUGCAGCAGCAGUUCGGCACGGCCGUGGAGUCAGAGGCAGACGAGCUCAAGAGGGUGUUCCUGGAGGGCAAUCCUAUCCUGCUCGGGGUCACAGUGGUGGUCUCCAUCCUGCACUCCGUCUUCGACUUCUUCGCCUUCAAGAAUGACAUCCAGUUUUGGAACCAGAACAAGUCCAUGGAGGGCCUGUCGGCGCGCUCAGUGGUGAUCAACUUUGUGUGCCAGCUCAUCAUCUUCCUCUACCUGCUGGACAACCACACCUCGUGGCUCAUCCUCAUUUCUGCCGCAAUCUCCUGUGGCAUUGAAUUCUGGAAGAUUGGCAAGGCCAUGCAUGUGGAGAUUGAUGGAUCGGGCAGAAUCCCGUGGCUGCGGUUCCGAGACCGGGACUCGUAUGCUCGCAACAAGACCAAGGAGUACGACGCCCUCGCCAUGCGCUACUUCUCCUACGUGCUCUACCCGCUCGUUGCCGGCUAUGCUAUUUACUCACUAGUGUAUGAGACACACAAGAGCUGGUACUCGUGGGUGCUCAACUCGCUCACCGGCUGCGUGUAUACUUUUGGUUUCAUCAUGAUGUGCCCGCAGCUGUUCAUCAACUACAAGCUCAAGUCUGUGGCGCACCUGCCAUGGCGCCAGAUGACCUACAAGUUCCUCAACACCAUUGUGGAUGACCUGUUCGCGUUUGUCAUCAAGAUGCCCACGCUGCACCGAUUGUCUGUGUUCCGAGAUGACAUCAUCUUCCUCAUCUUCCUGUACCAGCGCUGGAUCUAUCCCGUCGAUAAGAAGCGCGUCAACGAGUUUGGAUUCGGAGGCGAACCCGAGGGAGUUGCUGGUGCUGCAGCUGGUUCUUCUGUUACAGCAGACGGUACGGAAACAGACAGGCUGACAGCUGCUGAGGCAGAAGUUGCUGCUGCUGCUGCUGCCGCUGGUGCUGCUGAGGGCAGUGAGGGGAGGGCAGGGGAGGAGGGUGCAACUGGUGCAGCUGGUGGUGAUGGUGGUGGCGCAGCGGUGCGUGGGGUGUCGGAGGAAGGGCUUGUGAGGAGAGGCAAGGGGAAGGAGAAGGGGAAGGGAGGCAAGGGGGGUGGUGAGGGGGAGGAGAGCGCUGAGGAGAAUGACAAGCUGAAAGAGAAAUGAGUAGCAGGGGAGAAAUGAGGUACAUGGGCUCGAGGGUCAGAGUCAUGGUUAACUGAUGCUGACGCAGGUUCUCAUGGCAGCUGCUGCUGCUUUAAUCUGACCUGGCUGCAAGUAGUGUGCUGCUUUUGCAUCACUUCCAUUAGUUGUAGAAUGGUGCAAUUUCCCUACAAAAUACACAGCUUGAGAUUAGGAAUAAAACUCUGUACACAAAUGAGAAUCUUCAUGCAAAGAAUGUGU